AUGGCAGUGGUCGGAGAGAACGGGAGCGAGAGAUGGGCUCCGAAGGCUUGUGCGAAGAACCGCAGCCUCCCAAGUGCCAGGAUUACAGGUAUAUUCGCUUACUUAAAUUACCACGUUCCUCGCACAAGACGAGAAAUCUUGGAGACCCUAAUCAAAGGCCUUCAGAGACUGGAGUACAGAGGAUAUGAUUCUGCUGGUGUGGGGGUUGAUGGAGGCAAUGACAAGGAUUGGGAAGCCAAUGCCUCCAAAAUCCAGCUCAUCAAGAAGAAGGGAAAAGUGAAGGCCCUGGACGAAGAAGUUCACAAACAACAGGAUAUGGAUUUGGAUGUUGAAUUUGAUGUACACCUUGGAAUAGCUCAUACUCGUUGGGCAACACAUGGAGAACCCAGUCCGGUAAAUAGCCACCCACAGCGCUCUGAUAAAAACAAUGAAUUUAUUGUUAUUCAUAAUGGAAUCAUCACAAACUACAAAGACUUGAAAAAAUUUCUGGAAAGCAAAGGCUAUGACUUUGAAUCUGAAACAGAUACGGAGACAAUUGCCAAGCUUGUUAAGUACAUGUAUGACAAUUGGGAAAGUGAAGAUAUCAGUUUUACUACGUUGGUAGAGAGAGUUAUUCAACAACUGGAAGGUGCUUUUGCACUUGUAUUUAAAAGUGUUCAUUUUCCUGGGCAAGCAGUUGGCACAAGGCGCGGUAGCCCCCUCUUGAUUGGCGUUCGGAGUGAACAUAAGCUCUCUACCGAUCACAUUCCCAUACUCUACAGAACAGGCAAAGACAAGAAAGGAAGCUGUAAUCUCUCUCGUGUGGACAGCACGACUUGCCUUUUCCCUGUUGAAGAAAAAGCAGUAGAAUAUUACUUUGCUUCUGAUGCAAGUGCUGUCAUAGAACACACCAACCGUGUCAUCUUUCUAGAAGAUGAUGAUGUCGCAGCGGUGGUAGAUGGCCGUCUUUCUAUCCAUCGAAUUAAACGAACUGCGCGAGAUCAUCCUGGAAGAGCUGUCCAAACCCUCCAGAUGGAACUCGAACAAAUCAUGAAGGGCAACUUCAGUUCAUUUAUGCAGAAGGAAAUUUUUGAGCAGCCAGAGUCUGUCGUGAACACAAUGAGAGGAAGAGUCAACUUUGAUGACUACACUGUGAAUUUGGGUGGUUUGAAGGAUCACAUUAAAGAGAUCCAAAGGUGUCGACGUUUGAUUCUCAUUGCUUGUGGAACAAGUUACCAUGCUGGUGUAGCAACACGUCAGGUUCUUGAGGAGCUGACUGAGUUGCCAGUGAUGGUGGAACUAGCCAGUGACUUCCUGGAUAGAAACACGCCGGUCUUUCGAGAUGAUGUUUGCUUUUUCAUCAGUCAGUCAGGGGAAACAGCAGACACCCUGAUGGGUCUUCGUUACUGUAAGGAGAGAGGAGCUUUAACUGUGGGAAUCACAAAUACAGUUGGCAGUUCUAUAUCAAGGGAGACAGACUGUGGCGUUCACAUUAAUGCUGGUCCUGAGAUUGGUGUGGCCAGUACCAAGGCCUACACCAGCCAGUUUGUGUCCCUUGUGAUGUUUGCGCUUAUGAUGUGUGAUGACAGAAUCUCCAUGCAAGAGAGACGCAAAGAGAUCAUGCUUGGAUUGAAACGGCUGCCUGAUUUGAUUAAGGAAGUGCUAAGCAUGGAUGAUGAAAUUCAAAAACUGGCAACGGAACUUUAUCAUCAGAAGUCAGUCCUGAUAAUGGGAAGAGGCUACCAUUAUGCUACUUGCCUUGAAGGGGCACUGAAAAUCAAAGAAAUUACUUACAUGCAUUCGGAAGGCAUCCUUGCUGGUGAAUUGAAACAUGGCCCUCUAGCCUUGGUGGAUAAGCUGAUGCCUGUCAUCAUGAUCAUCAUGAGAGAUCACACUUACGCCAAAUGUCAGAAUGCUCUUCAGCAGGUGGUCGCUCGACAGGGGCGCCCUGUUGUAAUUUGUGAUAAGGAGGAUACUGAGACGAUUAAGAACACAAAAAGAACGAUCAAGGUACCCCACUCAGUGGACUGCUUGCAGGGCAUUCUCAGUGUGAUCCCCUUGCAGUUGCUGGCUUUCCACCUUGCCGUGCUGAGAGGCUAUGAUGUUGAUUUCCCGCGGAAUCUAGCCAAAUCUGUAACUGUAGAGUAAAGAGCAUCGGAAAUUUGGGAUGAUUAAGCAACACAAGACACCUUUUGUAUUUAAAACUUUGAUUUAAAAUAUCACCCCUGGAAGCCUUUUUUAGUAAAUCUUUAUUUAUAUGUCAGUUAUAAUUAUUCCACUAAAUUUGUGAUUUUUGUGAAAUUGCCUCAUAUUUUUCCAGUACUAUGUGGGGAAUUUGAAUAAUGAAAUCUAUAUUAGAAUCUGCAUCCAGAAAGAUUUUAGCAGUCAUUUUCCUUAAAGAACUGGGUAUUGAACUUCUGAGUCCUUCCCUUCUGUCUGGGAGGAUUUUAUGUUUUUAAACUCAUUGGCAUUUGUUUUACCAGGCUUCUAUUCAUUCAGACCGAUGAAAGAGUGGUUCAUUUAAUUGGAAUAUCUAAAGCUGGUGACAAUGUAUGCUAAUACUUGGACAUUUACUGAAGGUUUUGCUAAGUUAUAUAUAAAUAGAAGAUACUGUGAUUUAUUUUGAAGCUUGUUUCUGUUUUAUUUUUAGAUCAAACUGUAAAAUUUAAAGACUAAAAACUUUUCUUGGUAGGAUUUAUGUGUAAGUUUAGUUAACCUUGUUUCUCAAAUUUGUCUUUUAUCUGUAAGUGGAAAUAGUUUAGGAAACAAAAUAUAGUAGUGUGUUGGUGUUAUCCAACUCUUAAUAGAACAUAUGUAUGCAGUUUUAUAGCACAAACUUUAAAUUUGAACUGCUUUGGACAACUAACAGUAUGAUUUUAAAUUUGAAAAUGGGGUGUUGGAUAUCCUCCGUUUUGUUUUUUGUCUCCUAAAAGUAGUUUUUAUUUCCUUGUAGCUGUAGUUUUUAUUUUUUAAAUAACUGUUGAAGGACAUAUUUUAUCUUUUUUUUUUUGAAAUCACAACACAGAGCUGCUAUCAAAUCAGUACUGGUACAAGUAUUCUCUUCAAUUUUGUCUCAAGAAAGAAUUUUCUGCAAUUAAUUUAACUUCCUCUACUCCCUUGUUGCAUAACACUAAUAACCUUAGCACAACCGUGCAACUUCAUUGCAAUUACUUGGAAGAUUAGCAAGUCUUUGACUAAGAUCAUUUGACUCUAAAUGUGUGUAGUGGGCUAAGCUCAGAAGUAUAACAUGCUUUAUACUGCUAUUAAUGAAGAAUGGCAUCAGUUAGUGUUACUUCUGAGGUGUUUUUUCUGUCUGUAUUUUCUGUGUUCCCCUCUUGCAAUUAAUGUAGGAAUGAAGAUGACAUAAAGUGAUACUGGUGUGCAUUCAGCCAGCUAGUGUCAAUUUGACAGUUUGGAUUAAAAUAUUUAAAAUAAUGUGAUACCCCCAAUGUGAUUAAUAAUUUUUUCACAGAGUUUUGCGGGCCAGAUCUUGGGGUCUAUAGAAGAAUAUAUGUUAGGGGGUUAUAAUUUGGUUAAGUCCUUUUCUUUCAAAACUUUUCACUUUUAAAUUGUGAAGGUGAAAUAUUUAGCAUAAUUAUUAAGCUCAGUCAUUUGUUUUCAUGUGUGAACUUCUUGAUGAGGUUAAAGUUUUGUAAUAGCUAUUAUUGCUGCAAGAAAAGCACAGAAUUCUGCUUCUGUUUGAGGGUUAGAGAAGGAAUUGACAUAUUUUGAGGUAAUAUGGAAGGACCUUCAAUUUUGGUCAUAGAAACCUAAUUGUUUUAAAAGAUAACAUGACAUCAUUACUUACAUCUGUUUGGCUACUAUUGCUAUUCGUAUCUAUUUUAAUUGUUUCUAAGAUUAUUUUGUGAAAGCCUGCUAGUUUUAGUAUGUGUAUAAUGUCAUUUCUUAUGUUUGGUAUAAUAAUUAUUCCACUAAAUUUGUGGCACAUGAAUUUGAUGCACAUGAAUUGUAUAGGUUUCUUUUAAAUUAUUUUAUUGACAUAAUUUUGUGUAUCAUUAUCGGGUACAGUGUGGUAUCUCAUUACAUUUACACAUUAUAGAAUGAUUAACUCAGGAUGCUUAGGUUAUCCAUCAUCUCAAACAUGUAUCACUUCUUAGUGAUGAGUCCUGUCUUGUAGCUAUGUUGAGUUACACUCUUCAGUCUUAUUGACUGUAAUAACCGUCUGUGUAAUAGAAUGCCAGAACUCAUUCCUUCCAUCUGGCUGUGACUUUGUACCCAUUGACCAGUCUAUCCCUACACACACACACGUGCAUGUGCGCACACACACAUACACACACACACACUCCCCAAGCUAGAGUAUGUUCUAAACCGAAUAUCAGAAACCAAAAUAAAGAACAAAGUUGUAUUUGCCAAA